UCUCUUCCCGAGUUCGUCUGUUCUCCGCGACGAAAAAAAUGCCGGACCCAGCGAAAUCUGCCCCCGCUCCCAAGAAGGGGUCCAAGAAGGCGGUCACGAAAGUGCAGAAGAAGGACGGCAAGAAGCGCAAGCGCAGCCGCAAGGAGAGCUACUCCGUCUACGUGUACAAGGUGCUGAAGCAGGUGCACCCCGACACGGGCAUCUCGUCCAAGGCCAUGGGCAUCAUGAACUCGUUCGUCAACGACAUCUUCGAGCGCAUCGCCGGCGAAGCGUCCCGCCUGGCGCACUACAACAAGCGCUCGACCAUCACGUCGCGGGAGAUCCAGACGGCCGUGCGCCUGCUGCUGCCCGGGGAGCUGGCCAAGCACGCCGUGUCCGAGGGCACCAAGGCGGUCACCAAGUACACCAGCUCCAAGUAAGGGUACACAAGGAAUGCGACACAACAACUGCUUUACCCCAAAGGCUCUUUUCAGAGCCACUUCAGUCAUCAGAAAAGGGCUGUAAGCACAAUGGGCCCAUCAGCCUUUGUUAGGUAUGAUGUGACCGUGGUCACGAGUGCAUUUGUGGUUAGGAUCAGGAAGUCCCUACCGAGUCCUUGAUGGAACCUUUGGCUUAAUAAAGGAUCCUUGAGAGGCGGAGGAAUGGGCAAGUGUCUCUUCUGUCUUCAGAUACGUGUUAAUACGCGUUUGGGGGCUUCUUUAGCUCGGCGACUGAUCCCUAGCAUUUUUAAGUAAUGAUCGAGUUGGGUUUCAUCUUUAAUGUACAGGUGAGAAGUUGUCAGUUCUUCAACUCCCUACUCAACUUAUUGGCAAUAUCAGAAGAUAAGCUUAUUUCAUGAUGUGAGAAGGGUGCUACUGGCAUUUAAUGGGAAGCAGCCAGCACUGAUGCCGUGCGUAAUGCACAGGACAGCCCCCACAACAAAGCAUUACCUGAUUCAUAAUGCUGAUUCCUGUGCAGAGACUGAGACCCACUGGCCCAAAUACCUGUCGUGCUAUCCCUGGACCCACACCUAUGUUAUUGCUCUUUACUUGAAAGGUGAACAUUCCAUAGGCUUACUGUUUCCAGGUCAUUUUUCACAGGAAAACUUUCAGGGCAAGAACCCUGUUCUGGUUUCUGUUAAACAGAACAGAACAAAACAAAAACUUAUGAUUGUAAGAACUGUGGAAUUGCUUUCUGAAAUUGCUUGCCUCUGGUGAAGUUUGCUGCUUUCAGUCAGGUUGGAUGUGGGGAGGUGGUUUUCAGUGUUCCCAGGUGUGUGUAUUUUAAUAAGUUUUGGAUGUAUCUACUUGGCCCACAUGUUGGCAUCAAAUGUUAAAAUCAGGCUGUGGGUGUGUGUUUGUGUUUUGUUUCUGUUGUUUUGCACAGUACUGGGGAUCAAAACCAGCGUUUCUGUCUGGGCAAGUAGUCUACCACUAAGGAACAUUCCCCAGUCCACUAGUAUUUUGAGAAUGAGUGGAGAAGGGAUUUAUGGUACACAGAAGGCCAUGGUUAAUAUGUAGAAUGAAUCUCUGAAGACUAAAAACUUGUAUAAUUCAAAACAUCCUGAAAAAAGCUAGUGGAUUUCUUUUUUCCUUACCAAAUAAAUAAAAUAGGAAAACUUAGUUUACAAUUUACUGAAACAGGCUUUGAUAUUAAGCCAUUCUUGGUAAGUCCUUCUCAGGACAACUCUGUACUUACUGUGAAUUUUGUAAUUUUAUAAUUUAGUUCAAACUUACAUCUAAUUAAAAGUGGUAGAGUGCUUGCCUAGCAUGCAUGAGGCACUGAGUUCCGA